CCCGACGGUGCCAGCCGCUAUGGUAUUCUCAACCGCCACUUCCCCAAGGAUGCGGCCUAGUAUAACAGCUGGCUUGCGAUCGAAGGAGCCGUACCACCCACACUUCCGUACGGCUUUGCGAAACCGUGGUGGCAGUGAGUCACACUCAGGCUGCUCUGACACAAUUGCGAAAGCGUCCUCACUCGCAUUCGUAUGGCAUGCAGAUAUGUAGGGAUCGUACCCUAUCCGUGAUAUCGGACAAACUCGGAACGUACCAGCACAGGCCUCCCGUGAGAAAAUGUUGAUACAAUCUCAACCAGGGCCCGGGCUGACGACAGGAGUUCGCCACUCGCACUGGCUC